ACCAACUCACCAACAUAACAACGAAGCCUUUACUUAAAACAACAGCACCGCUCACAACUACAGUCACAGUCAGAUUGACCAACAAUCAAACAACGACGACAACAACACCAACAACACCAACAACAACAACCACAACACCACCAAAAACAACAACAAAAAUAACACCAACAACAACAACAACAACAACACCAACACCAACAACAACCACCACCACCACAACAGCAGUUCCAACACGCCCUCCACCAGUUGUAACCAUAGAGAUGAUAAUUUUAGUAGUUUUCACUUCAGAUUUAGAAAACACAGCAAGUGUGGUAUUUAAGAACCUAGCAGAAAAAGUUGAAACUGAGUGUAACAAAGUAUAUAAAGAGAAGUAUGGACCUCGUUUCAUCAGGGUUGUUGUGAUUGCUUUCAGAUCUGUUAGCAAAACCCGGGCAGAACCAAGUGUACAGGCAGAGCUUGAAUUAGUGUUUGACCAAACCUCCACUGAACCCAUCCCCAGCAACAGUGAAAUAGUGCAGACUCUAAAAGAAGCAGCUACAAAUCCAAACUCAGGCUUUAACAUUACGAUUGAUGUGACCUCUAUUGCUGUUACCAAAUCACUGCAGAUAAUUCCCGUGACCAUCCUGACCGAUGGGACCUUUGUGGCUGCUCUUUCAAGUACAAGUUCAACUGAAUUUAAGAAUAGGGCUACGAUGAUAAAAACAGGGCUUGAACCUUUUCUCUUUGCCGAUUACCCUGUAUCAUUCAGCAUCUUAACUGUAACAAACUUCAGUGAUGCCAGUGUAAAAACCAUGAGUGUAACCACGAUCCGAAACUCCAUGGAUCUUGCAUUUGCAGCGAACAGCGCUGUACCCAGUAGCACCCAGAUAGUGAACACUAUAGUUAAAGCCGCCAAAAGCAACUCGAUACCCUUCCAGAUCUUCACAUAUGAAAUUGUGAUAAAUGGCAUAGUAUUUUCAUCAGCUGAAGUCGGCAGCAAGAUCAGUGUGUUGAGCGCGGUAGUUCUAGUUGCGGUGUCACUUCUGGUUCCGUGGUUUGAUUGACCAUAAUCCCACCAUAACGGAUUCCAACAGGUCUGAAUGUUGCUCAAAUGAAGGACUCGUAUGUAAACUAGACCUUGAAACGACAAUACAUUGAAUUUCAGCUUCUAUACCUUCAGAACAGGCUGAACC